CUGUAAUUAAAAGAAAUAGAGCAGAAAUCAGGCGUGGACUGCGAAAUAACACGACUUCACACCCAAUUCGUCCUAUCAGGAGUAGGGCUUUCCAAUUCGCAAAGUCAUCUCGAAUACAACCUCCUCUUUCUUCCUCGUCGUAACUAGUUCUCUAGAACAAUUCGUGUCCUGCUGAGAGCCUCUGGUUCACAUACAACUUGUUCAAGCUGUCGAUUCUACCGGCACUUUCGUUACGACGUCUACUCUUAACGGUCUCCGUGGGAUUAGCUCUAGUCUACUUCAUCUCUCCAUUCUUACCUGCGCAAAGUUACGACGCUUCCGUAUCGCCCUCUUCAAAAGCGUCAAAGCCAAAGUCAACCUCCCAAGUUACAAACCAGCCCGAUAUCACAAACACAAUGUCUGCCGUCACCGUUCCCGCGCUCACGAAGCACACCGCGACCGUCAUUUUCAUGCACGGUCUCGGCGACUCUGGCAAUGGCUGGAGAUUUUUGGCUGAAGAGUACAGAAAAUUGAAGGUGCUCGACCAUGUCAAGUUUAUCUUCCCGAACGCUCCUGUCCAGAAAGUGACUCUGAAUUUCGGAUUGACGAUGCCUUCGUGGUUCGACAUCGUCUCUCUCGACAAAGUCGAAGCUCAGGAAGACUCAAAGGGGAUGCUUGAGAGCGUCGACAGACUAAAGGCGUUCAUCUCUGAGGAAGUCAAGGCCGGUAUUCCUGCCGAGAGAAUCGUCAUCGGUGGCUUCAGCCAGGGCUGCACAAUCAGUUUAUUAGCCGGUUUGAUCGCCGAUACUAAAUACGCUGGUGUUGUCGGUUUGUCCGGAUUUGUGCCUAUGCGCUCAAACAUCUCAAAUCUACACAAAGAACACGGCAUAAAAAUGCCAUUCUUUGUCGGCCACGGCACCGACGAUCCGGUCGUCAAGUACGAGUACGGCGUGUUCACCAAGGACAAGCUCGCCGAGCUCGACGUCCCCUGUGAGUUCCACGAAUACAAGGGCCUCACGCACAGCGCCUCGCCGACCGAGAUUAUGGACAUUUUGGAGUUUUUGAAGAAGACUAUUCCCGCGCAGUAAACGUGGAGAAUACGUUUCUUUACUCGCUGGAAGCCUUAUUUGUGUCAUCUUUUGAUUCAAAAUCAUGUCAUUGAAAUGUCAUUGCAUUAUAAAACUAAAAGGAAAUCAUGAAAUCAUACAAAU